AUGAAUUUGGAGCAACAUCUUUGGAAGCAAGCUUUCUAUAAACCAAUCGAAGUUUUUAAGACAGUAGUAAACUCACCAAAGGAAAAUACUAGAACGUUUCGAGGUCUUCUAUUAGCAUUACUUAACAAGGGAAUCGCUUUUUACGAACGUCUUCUUGAAUUAUACAAGAAAGAGUUGAAUGUGGAUCUGGACAAAGCAAUGCUGAUACCAUCUCUACUUCACGAAAAUGACUUCUGGGAUGUCUCAGAACAUUCGGGUGCGGUUGAGAAUGGAGCAAGCAAGCAGAAAGUGGCUAUAAAAUCCUGCUCACGACAUUUGAUUUCUAUGGGAGAUUUGAAGCGAUAUAAAGCACUUGUCGAAGGAAGCGAAGACUACACAGACGCAGGACUGGCCUUUGAUAAGGUGCUGGGUCAAGUAUUUGGCUGGAGAGAAGUUGAUUUUUCAACAAACAAAGGCUUAGUUCGUGUAGAUGUACCGUAUAUAGAUUUUGGGUAUUUUCUGUUCUGUCUAAGUCCGCUUAGCUAG